CUACGAAACCACAUCGGGAGAACAAGAAGAAAUAUGAUUUCCUUCGCAAUAUUUCUUGGCUCAAUUGUACUAGUCACUGCAACUACUGGCCAGACAGGCGAUCCUGACGCAUACGCAGAAAACUCAACAUACUUCGAUAAACAACGCCUUUCAGCAAUGACAAACCUAACUGAAAGGAUAUAUGUUCUAAAGAGAGAUUAUAACACAAGCACCCCAUUCGACUGCCUCUCGGCUAUGAAGCAGAACGACUAUGGUAACAACACAUACGAAUACGAAUUAAAGGCACGUAUCAAUGGAUCAUUCAUUGCUUAUAACGUCACCAUGAUUGCGAAUACAACUGGUAACCACACAGAACCGAACAAUGCAUAUUACGAAGAAAACAAGGGUCAAGGACCAAUAGAUCACAAACUGAUGACCACGGACGGAAGCUCUUGCUUUCUCUUUGCUGUAGCAUUUGAAAGUGGAAAAUACGGGUGCCUCUUAGCAGUGACAGAGAAUGCUACUCAAAGUACUCCACAGGAAUGCGAAAGCGUGUACAGCCAACAAUGUGGGAAUGAAAGCGUCACGCUCUACAAAAGUAAUUGCACGACGACGGACGACGGAACCACGGGAUACUCGGCAUAACAGUUUUAUAUGUAGUGUAGCCAUGUUGAAUUAAAAGCAUAAUAG